UAUUUGUCAUAUUCAAAUGUGAUAAGAUUAGAAUAGUUACGCAAACUUUUCGAUUUAGUUAUAUAUAAUGAGAGACUAAUACAUUCUAUUAAGAACUCGAGGGAAAUAAUAGGACUGCAGUGUCGAGAACAUCGCCCUUGAUUGGAAAGCGUUAGGCUUAUUUUUUUGGCUUCGAAUCUUGAAAGUGAAGGAGGCCUUGACAGUGGACAGGCAUUAUAUUUAUUUAUGGAGAACAUCAAUCGCCCAGUCCUGUGAGCUUGAUUAGUUUGGAAAUAAAUAGCAAAGUUAUAAGGACCUUUAUCUUUACGUAGUAAACCAUCAGGGAACAUCAAUUGCAAGGUACCCUUAUCGGGUAAGGUGACCCAAUAUUUUCGGAUAAAUCAAACAUUAGAAUCGUUUUUUACAUCAAGUACCAUCAACAAUUGGAUCAGAAGACGAGUACCAGUGAGUUCUACAUUAGUCUUACAGAAUUUGAAGCAAUGAUAUCAGCAGUAAGAAAAAGAGAAGUAUAAAAUUACUUUACAUCUGAAAUGUUAAUUCUGUAUACGUACUAUAUUUAAAAUUUUAAUGUACUGUGAUUUUAAUUUGCUCCCGAGUCCCUUGAUAGUCAUUUAAAUAAUGAAAAAGGCAGUUUGUGUUUUAUAUUAAAAGACUGAAAUGAAUGAUAAAGAAUUUAAGGUAAUUUACUCAACCAUGAACAUGGAAUAUGUAUAGUAUACAGCUUUGAAGAUUGUAUGACCACAGGGUCUGUCAGUUGUAAUUAUAUUUUUUAUAAGAUUCUUAAUUGUAAACUUACUUCCAUGGUUUUGACUUAAAUGUUAGAAAGUUCAUUUGAAGCAUUUGUGAGUGCUGUGAAGAUUUAUGAAGAGAAGCUGCUUUUCUUGUAUCUUUGAAUUUUGAAAAAGAAUGAAUUCAUGAGUUGAAGAUUUGCAAAGAUGGUUCACUCAUGCAAGAAAGAUAUGAAGGGGUUUCAUGAGGUAAGGCCAGUGUAUUACUUGAAAAUCUUCUGAAAAUGGUGAUUUCAUGAAGGAAAUGUAGAUUAUAAGCUAAUUUCCCACUUUCAUUGUGAGUGGAAAUUUUUAGGGAGGCUAAAGUGUCUGAAGACAGGAGGCAAAGAUGGAAUCAAAACUUAAUCCUGAACUCCCUGUGAAGGAAGAAGGGAAAUGCCCAUUGUCACCUUCUUUGAUUAAGCAGGAAAAAAAUGACUUGUUUGGUGAUCAAAGUUCAGCUGCCAAUGAUUGCUUUGUGUUUGUAGAACCGUCUAUUGUAAUAAAGACAGAGCUAGAAACGUUUAGUGCUGAAGAAGAUGACAAAAAAUGUCCGAGCAAAAUUGAUUCCGUAGAAAGUGAGAGAGACUUUUCAGACAGUGAUGAAAAUUGUAGAAAAGAAGUUAUGCUGGAAGGAGAUGUUAAUUCACCAACAGACAUUUGUCAAGUGAGCUUUUCUUCCCCAGAGGAAAGUGUGUCUGAGGAUGUUUGUCUCAAUACCCCUGAAACAAUGGGUUCUGAAGACUCUGAGUUUAGGUGCACAGUUUGUGAAAAAUCCUUUUCAGCGUUUGGUCCUUUUGCAGACCACAUUAAAGGUCAUACAGACAGCAACCCAUUAACUUGCAAUGUGUGUGGAGAGGCUUUUUCAGAAAUAGGUCAGUUUGCAGCGCACAUGAAAGUUCACACAGAAAGCAAUUCUUUAACCUGCAAUGUGUGUAGAAAAGUCUUUACCCUGAAAUAUGAGUUCACAAUUCACAUGCGAACUCAUACUGGAAAGAGACCUUACAUCUGCCCUGAAUGUGGAAGUGGAUUCUGGAAAAGAGGUCAGCUCAAUGCUCACCGGAAAAUUCAUACGGGGGAAAAGACGUUCGUCUGCAUAGAAUGUGGAAGAGGAUUUUAUAAGAAGGAUCAUCUUAGCAACCACAUAAGGACACAUACAGGAGAGAGACCAUUCCCUUGCCCAGAGUGUGGAAGAGCUUUUGGUACAAGAGAUCAUCUUAAAGUUCACAUGAAAAUUCAUACUGGAGAAAAGCCAUUCUCUUGCACAGAAUGUGGGAGAGCCUUUUAUAAGAAAGAUCAUUUGAGCACUCACAUGAGGGUUCAUACAGGAGAGAAGCCAUUCCUAUGCAGUGAAUGUGGAGGAAAAUUUUCUACAAGAGGUCAUCUUAAUGCACAUAUGAGAAUUCAUACAGGCGAGAAGCCAUAUGCCUGUACAUUGUGUGGAAAAGCAUUUUCUGAAAAGAGUAAACUCACACUUCACAUAAGAAUUCACACAGGAGAAAGGCCGUACCUUUGCAGUGAAUGUGGAAAAUCAUUUACUCAAAAAUAUAAGCAUACUGUUCAUAUGAAAGCUCAUGCAGAAGAAGCCUUGAGGUCACAGACUUGAGAAGCUGUGUAGAAAAUAGCAAGAAAAUUUAUUUUUUAUAUUCUGAUAGAAUUCAUGCAAAUUGAAUGUGGGGAAAGAUUCUCAGAAAAAAGUCUAAAGCAAAUGAAAAUUACAGAGUGAAUAGUGUUACGUUUGGACCUGCUCUCCUGCCCAUGAUUUGGGAGAUUAUCUUAAAAAUAUUUUGUUAUGAGUAGUGUACUUACAAGUCACCUAAGAAAUCAAGAAGAUAGGGAGCAAUUGUUCUACAUUGAAUUUAGAUAAUUGUUCUUUCAGGAAUGUAGACCAGUAAAUCACACAGUAAUUCAUUCAGACAAGAAGCCAUGGAAGCUGUUAUUGUAUGAUAUAUGGAAAGCAUUCUUUCAAAGGUGCAGCAUAUAAUUUUUCAUUCUCACCAAGUACACAUGGCAAUAUUGAAUGGGGAUAUGCACAGUACUUUUGAAAAUUUCUAAUAAUAAGUCAUUAGUUACAAAACUAAGAACAAGUGUUGUCUCGAAAAGAACAUUGUAAUUCUCAUUCGUAUAUGUCAAAUUGUGUUUACUAAAGGUAAGAAAAUUGUUUACCAGAAAUCUAAGGAGGAACAUACUAUAUAUAAACAUCCAUGAUAGAAAAAUGUGGGGAAAAGUUUUCACACAAUGUGGUUUUUACUUGAAACAACCAGUGCUUUUCAUAGUUGAAGUGCCAGUGAUCCCCUCCUAUGUAAAGAGAAUUUGUCACUCAUGUCCUUUUACAAGAGAAAAUGGCCUGCAAAUAUUGUGUUGUUUUAGUUGUUGAGAAUUUGCUGUGUCUUUGUGCACUUAAUAACAUCAGUAGAAGUAAAUCUGAUGUAUAAUGAAUGGGAAAAUGCCUCAUGUAAGCUGAACAUCAUUGAAAUGUACAGUAAAAAUGGUUUCUUUUUAGAGAACUUGGCCUGCAAUGAUUGUUUUAACUGUUCAGGAUGGAUUUGUUCUGUCUUGAGUAUGAGUUUUUCAUUUCCCCCCAAUACCAAAAAGUUUGUAGUGCCAAGUUCUACCUCAUAACAUGGACCAAAUAUUGUAAACCCAAAUACAAGACCCUAUUUGAAGUAACAUAUAUAGCCUGAGUUCCUAGUUGUUGCAUGUACAGUAUACUUCUGAUAUUGUUUUUUUCAUUUUACCCAUUUCAUCAAGUUUGAUCAGUUAGUCAUGGUGAACAGAAUUCUGAAAAUAUCAGGUUAGAUCUUAUGUUAAAGUUUGUCAAAAAGUACUAUGUAGAGAGUGCAAUGUAAUUGGAAGGUAAUAUCUUCUGAAAAUGCUUAUUGUGAUACUACAAGUUAUUUUUGUAAUGUUACAGGUGUCAUUCUAAAAUAAGUUUUAAGUUAUGACAAUGUAGAAUAGUCUUGGUUCAUAUUUAAUAAAUACUAAUGUAAAGUACAGCUAAGAGGUUUGUUCCAUCAAAAGUAAACAAUGUCUGUAAUGGAUGAUUUCCUCCUUUUGAAAUAGUUUACAAUUUCUGUGAUGCAAUCUUGCAUAUUUAUCAUAAAGUAAACUGAAGCAGUGAUAUUUCAGUAUUGUAUCUGGGUGUUUGCAAAAUUUAUUUCCACUCUUCUGGAAUUAUGUAUGGCAUAGGAAUUUGUUAAGUAUAUACUGAAAUGUGACUAAAAUGGUUCUGUUUCUUGUUGAAUGUGUAGAUGCUUAUGUUAAUAUUUUUUGGAGUUCCUAAGAUUUGAAUGACAUCAGUAGAAGCAGGGUAAAUAUGAAGAAUAAUGAAUGGGAAAAUGUCUCAUGUAAACUGAAGAUCAUUGAUUGUUACUGAUUGAUUGAAAAUUUCUAGUAAAAAUUGUUUCUGAAACAGGGAUAACUUUUGAAGUUCAUAUAACCCCUGAUAACUUGGUGAAAUGUAUUACUUCAGGUACAGAAACAGAAUUCAGUUACAAUAACUGAAUUAGUGGAUGACAUUAUUAGAUUGUGAACUUGGUGCCAACAGAUGUUUUAAGUGUGGGUUAUUGAAAUGUAUAUUGUGUUGCAUGCUUAAUCAUACACUGCUGUCUUUAUCAUAUUACUUGAUACUAAUUAUAAAUAACAUGGCUGUGGGUUUGCAGUGUAGGUACCUUAUAGUUUGUUGUUAAAAUAUUAUUGGUGCGAGUUAUGAGUUAGGCAUGUGUUUUUACCAUAAAUCUGAAGUACCUGUGCAGCACUGUUAUUAUAACCAUAAUUGGUUGGUGAUCCUUUAUUUUGUACAUUACAGUAUAUUUCAUAGGAAUUUAUUACACAUUUUUUUUUAAAUACAAAGACUCUUGGAAUGGGCAGUCCAACCCUUAUCUAGCUCUUGCCUAAUGGAUGCAGUAAAAAACAAGUAAAAAUGUUUCUUAGUCUCUUUGAUGCAAUAGAAUUUUCUGUAUAGCGUAUAAUGGUAUGAAACUCUCAGCCAUGGCCGAUGAAACUCUCGGCUGCAGCCCACGAAAAUUUCUGCAGCAAUUUGGUAUGUCAUACUAAUUUGCAGCCCUCUAGCCUUGGUAGUUUUUAAGAGCUGAGGGCAGACAGACAGACAAAAAACCAUCUCAAUAGUUUUCUUUUACAGAAAACUAAAGCCAGUAGGACCCUUGACCAUAAAGGGAAAAAAAAAAAGGAUGGAGUAACUUGAACACCUAGAGGAUUAAUUACCCUUUCUGUCAAACCAAGCGUAAAAAAAACACCCAGAAUAUAGAAAAAGCUGAAUGAUAGAAUACAAGAUAUGGAUAUGUAUUGUUUUGGAGUCCUGUAUCUACAACAAUUUACUGGAUCCAUUUAUAGAUAUGUUGCCAAGACCAGAACUAAUGGACAUAGUCAGAACUAAUGGACAAAGUAGAGGCAAUUUGAUAUUAGUAAUUUGAUGUGUGAUUAACCUAGGAUUGUUGGGAGGUGAAGAAGAAUAUAUAUUGGGAUUAAGUGCUGGAAAGUGUUUUGGCAAAAAGACAUGGUUGGAAAGAUCAUUAAUAAAGAGAGGAGAGUUGUAGCCGAGAGUACAGAGCCCUGUCAGGCACUACUGGAAGCAGAAUUAACAUUCAAACUAACAAUGUAUGGACAGAUCUGAAGUAAAAUUAUUUCAUUUUAGUAAAAGAUACAGUAUCACCCCAGUUUGCAGAGGGUUAAUAUUUUGGUAAUGCAACUUUACCAGAAUACAUAUUGUGAGUUUUAAUACAUAUUUUCCCUAUGAAGGCAAGAGGUAGAUGUUACAUAUAUCAAAAUUAUACUGUCCUGUAUUCAGGAUUGGUAAAAACAGGUAAAUUUUUAAAAAUAAUACAUGUGCUAAUAGCGUACGUAUUGUAAUUUCAUGCCCUGCUGUGUGACUGGGUUAUGUUUAUCAGAAAUUGAUGGUAAGGUGAUUGAUUGCUUUUAAAGCUUGAUGGGGAUACGUAUAUUCCUCACCAUUCUGAAAUGUAAAUAAUAGCUCACAGAAGAGGUCUCCAACAAUAAUAGAAAAACACUGCUGCACAAAAAUAAUACUGUAUAUUAAAGAAGAUUAGUACUACAUAUAUACACUACGCUGCAUAAUAUGCUAUUUUAACUUUAGUCAGUCCUGAAAAUAUAGUACAAAAGCUAUAUCUGCCAUAAUAUUUUUUUUUUGUGUAAAUUAAAAAUGAUUAAACAGGUUUUUAAAAUUUUUAUUUGCAAUACUGCUUACAAUAUUAGUCAGUUGAGAAAAAAUAUUCUAAAUAGAAGCAACUAAGAUGGGCUUAAGGCAAAUGUUUACAUAUGCCUGUGUGGAUGAAGCAAAAUGUUUUUCUAAUUACUCAUUUGGGAUUUUGAAGAUCCAUCCCAGACAGGUAAAUGCAUACAUAGCUAUCUGGGAAAGAGGCCACCACCAUAAGAAACAAGAUUUUUAGCUCUGUGGUCUGAUUAAGCUAUUUUCACAUGUAGGGAGCUACCCACAUGAGUGCUGUGUCUGUAAAAUCUGUUUAUUCAUUGGUGUCUGUAUGGAUUUAUAUCAUUCUUCCAAGUUGUUCUUUUAUAUAGUAAUCUGAGACCACAAGUCUGAUUUCUAGACUACCACUGUUUCACACAAGGAUUAACUUUCAAAUAAGGGGAAGGCAAAUUUAAGAGAAUUACCAUUAAGUUGGAAGAAACCAAAGGGAAUAAAUGAAAAGUAAAAGGCAGAAAGCAAUGAAGCUGUGCCAAGAGUUGGAAUUCCAACUAAUAGAGAUAGUUUCUUAGCUAGGUCUGUAUUAUAUACUACUUGAAUUUGACUCAUAUAUUAGUAUUUAUUAGUGCAACACUGUGAAAGGGAACCUUGUAUGUAUUUAGUAGCAUUAAGAUAAAAAAAGAUUGGGAAAUUUGUCUUAAAUCCCUGAAUUACUUGAGGUUAUACCUGUUUAUGUCAAAGAUAAUGCUCAUAGGUAGGAUAUAUUUUGAUACUGAGUGUGCAAGUGAUUUCAAUAAAUGAUUAUGAUGUGUGGACAGUGUUGUAAAUACAUACCUGUAAUACUGAAUUACACAAAUUUUUUGUGCAUUUCUUUAUUAAUACUGUCUUAUCAUAAGAAGCAAGUAAGUACUAAUUAUGAUUGUGUUAUUCUGUUAGUUGUGCAUAUAUUUUUAAGAGAGAGUAACUUCUGUUUCUGAUUGAAAUGUGCUGCUUUUGUUUUGCAUCCAAUUACAUAAGGUGUUUUGUUUUAUUCUGGUAAAGCUGUACAUUACUUGUGUAAAUAUAACGGUUACUGUAUUUAAUAUGUAUGUUUUUCAUUAAAUUUUAUGUAAAGUUUAUUAUUACUAAACAUUAACGUUUCAUGGUUGUCCCAUUAGUAAAUCUCUUGUUUUUACUCUGUAAUUAUAGGCAUAUCAAAAAAUGGGCUCAAUCAAGCUGUAUUAAUAGAUGCCACCAUAUUUAUUUUAGUGAUUUUUGCUCUGCUACUACUGCUAUAUGUCUAGAUAGUUCCUAAGUUGCUUUGAUGCAUAAUCAUGUUUUAUAAUUUGGCAACAUAUAGCAUGUUCAUUAUAUUUUCACUGGCUGUCUCUUACAAACAAUUUAUGGGGGGAAUAAAACUACUUUUCCCACAUUGCAACUAUAAGUUCUCAUACCUUAUAUAUGUAAUUUAAUAAAAACUCAGGCAUCCUAUCCCAUAUCUUGCAUAGUGGACAAAAAUAAUGACUAAAAAAGUACUAAUACUGCUAAUAGCAAAAGUGAACAAAAGUUUUUUCAGCUGUUGAACUUCAAACAAACCUCAUUUUCGUGCCUCACUUUGAUCAAAAUUUGCUUUACAUAUCUGGUUUCAUUAGUUUGUUAAAUAUUUUUGUUACAUUUUGAACUAUAUGUUAAAAGCAGCCAUCUCCCAGUUGUUGGAUUAGCAAAUCAAUGUAAGAAAAGACUUGUAGAUAGGAUUAUUGUAUAAGCAUAUCUAACCAUUUCUGAUAUACAUUUUAUAUUAACAUUGUUGCCUAUGUUAAUUUCAGUGAUAAAUAUUUUUAAAUACCUGCACAGUAAGUAAAUAUGACAAAUUUGGAGAGUAAGUUGAGGAUAUUAAAAUGACAAAAAUCAUAGCACCAGAGACAUGAAGAGAAACAUUGCUUUUGUGCUAAGACACUUCACAAUGCUAAAGAAAUACGUGGAAAUUGGUGCUCAAACAGUGACAAAUGAAGUAUAUACCGAAGAGGUUUGGUUGUACGAUUAGAAUAGUUGAAUGUACAGAAAAGUUUUAUUAAUCAGAGCAGUUUGCAAAGAAGUCAAGGUUAAAUGGAUUGAAAAAUAUAUAUGUAUGUAUAAUUGUGGUUCACUGAUUAACUUAACAUGUCAGCUACUGAAAUCUUUACUGUUGUGAUCUAUUGGUGGAAGAACGUGCAAUCAAUUUUUUUAAUUCCAAGUGAUUUUUUUUUUAUCUGAAAGUGGCACAUUCUGUGGAAUACAUGGUGAAUCAGCUAAAGCAUGUAAAAUAGCGCUAUGACAGCUGGUGUUGUUAUUUUAUUUACUACUGUAUAUUAGUUAUACAGUUCUUAUAGUUUUAAGUAAGGCAACCAAGCCUAUUUUCUAUACUGCCAUCAGGCAUGUCACAAGAACUACCCUUGUUGUGCCAAUGCCUCAUUCACAAAGAAUGUUAUUUUGGUUCUCAAAGCCGUAGUUAGGCGAGUUGUUUUUCUUAAUCUCUUCUUGGUAUCCUGAAUAUUGGUAGACUUACUGUAAUCCCUAAGUCUUGUAUGCGUUUGCUUCUUUUAACCAGUCUUGUGAGUCUCAUUGACUUAUGUUGCUAUCAACUAAAAUAAGUUGAAGCUAAAUGUGAUCAUUCUAACUACAGUAUAGCUUGUACAUUUGUAACUAAGCAAAGCAUUACUUUUUCUAUUUGUGAAUAUUAUUCCCAUAAAAGAAGGUUCUGUACUCAAUGAAGAAAGUAUGUCACUGACGCCAUACUACUUAAUUUCUUUGCAUGUCAUUAGGGUAGGAAUUUUAAUUGAAAACAUGAUUUCAGAGUCAUAAAACUGGGUCAGGCUUCAAGUCAGUGUAGCAAUGACUUCCUGUUGUAGAUUAUUUUUAUUAUAUUAUUGGAGAACAAAUCCCCAAUUAUAUGUAUACAUAUAUUUAAAGAUAAAUCUGUACGGAUUUAUCUUUAAAUACGUGUAAAUAUACAUAACUGUGGGUUAUGCUAUGAGUAUUUUUUAUUAUUAUUAUUGAUUUUUGUAGGUUACUGCAUUCUACAGCAUAAUGCCGAUGUUUGUCAUACCUGAAGAGGAGAGCAUGUUACAAAAUUGGAAAAUAAACUUGGAAAUAAACUUUCUGAUGAAUACACUAUAUUAUCAGUUACAGAGUAUGAAAGAUGAACUCCCGAUUUCAGUUACCAUCGUAUUCUGUAACUGAUGUAUUGUAUUCAACGGAAAUAAAACUGUUCAGUUUUCCAAGCUGCUUUCCUCUCCAAGUAUUACAAACAUUGGUGUUACUUGCAGAAUGCAGCAACCUAGAAAAAUCAAUUAUCGAAAAAAUAGAGAAAACACUAUACAUGCCAAAUGACGCUGAUGCUGCUAUCACCUUCAACACCACAUGUUGAAAAUGGGGUCUAAUACCCAUUAUUAUUAUUAAUUAAAGGUAUAUUAGUAAGCUCCAAUUUUUCAUGUUUAAAAGAUCCCUCCCUACUGACCAAACCUAUAAGAAUUUCACUUGUUGCUAUGGUUAAAUGACAUAGUUAUGUAUAGUGUAUUAUUAUCAUAAAUUACUUAGUUUAUUAGAUAUCUUGAGUUACACCUUGCCCAUUGUUUUUAUUACGAAAGAUGAAAUGAAAAUGAGCAAGUUAAAGUUACAAAAAAAUGAAAAUGAGCAAGUUAAGGUUACAAAAUUUGAAAGAGAGGGAAAAUUUAAAGCCAAAACAGCAUUGUACCUGAAGGAGAGGGAGCACUAAGACCUUACCAUCUAUGGUGGGCUACACAUGACCCCCAUAGCAGGAACAGAAUAGUUUUCCUCUAGCCUCACUCCUUGGUGGGCAUAAUGGGUUAAGUACACUGCUGAAAUUUUCCUUUUGCUCCUAGGGUAACACAAACCAUCACCUUUUAUGCGAAAGUAUUCCUCAGCACAAGGUGGAAUCAGUUCUUGAGACUUGGUAACAAGGUAGUUAACUGGUGGUAGGUGGAUGAGUGGCUACCCCCUCCCCAACCCCACAUACCUGCUUUCAUCAAAUACUUUUUCUUUUGGGGUCAGAUGGGAUAAGAUGUCUUUCUGUGCUCUGACAGACCAUCAGGUUGAAACUUCUUUCCUUGUUUUUAAUUACUAUAAGUAUCGUAUUUGUGUGUUUUGUUCAACAUGAAUUUCAGCAAAAAAAUUAUGUGAAGGAUGUAAGUGGGUGUAUGUAUGGACACUUUGUGUCCUUGGUGGUGCUGUAAAUACUGUUCUUCUGUAUUGUUGCUAGGAUUGUGCUGGGUGGUGUCUCUUGUUGUGGAGAGCUUCAGCAGCAGCAGCAGGAGGCCAAAAGAUGUUUGUCUGUGUUUUUGAAGAGAUUACUUCAGAUUUGACCAUGUCAAAUGUUUUAGGCUACAUGCCAGACAACUCGCCCCACUAUCACUCCCUCAUAUCAGCAGCUUUGUUGGGUUGCUGACAGACUUGCUUGGCAUUCCGAGAGACAUGUCUUUCGGUGCUUUCUGUUAAGGAACUCAGUGCUGUUGAGACUCCUGUAGCAAUUGUUUUAUCUUUGGGAACACUCCUGCAGUAUUGAGUACUGUUUAGACCUUUCUCCUCUAGCACUGCUUCCAGCUCUGACAUAUCGUCUGUGUAUUUUUUUGCUUAGGACUACCUUCUUGCUUCUCCUUAUUGUGCAUGUGCAGAAGAAGUUAAUACUCAAUAAGCUGCCACAGUAAGAUGCAGCAGGGUAUUGUGUCAAUCUGUAUGCAUGUGGCCAUGCAAACCUUUAGGUGGUGCCUGGUUUGCCCAGAACUCCCACUGUAUAAUAAUAUGAUCCCAAGGCUUGUGCUUGCAACAGCGAGUUCAUGCAAGUCUUUCUAGGACAAAAAAGAAUCUUCUCUAAGGUACUCAGAUGGCACAAAGCUUGAGACUAAAUGGGCGAGUGAUUGGCUGUCUCUUCCUUUUCCUUCCUCUGCAAGGCAUCAGUCAGGUUGAAUAUGUACUGGAAGGGCCACAAUACACACACUUUACAAUCCAACAUCCUGUUUUUAAACUUGGCCAGUAAGGUUACCCCUUCUACUCAGUCUUUUAAACAAGGUAGGUAAAUGAGUGGUAAAGUUGUUAUCUGAACCCAUCAAUUUAUGACUGACUGAGAUACUAGCUGCCUUCUGAUCUGUGCUACUCUAAAUUUAGGGCAGCACUUGGUUCUUCAAGUUUUUCUAGAGCGAGAGUUCAGAUACAUCUCACAUCGGAUCAGGGCACUAUCAGUCUUGCUUCCUUAAGCCAGAUUGUAUACAACGUUACAGGGGUCAUGACUCCUCUGCUCACAAUUGUGACCAGAAGCAGGCAUUUCUGGGUAGAGAUUCAUCCUACCAGUUAGCUGAGGGACCAUCCUGCCACCUUAAGAAUAGCUUGUAUACAUAAAAGGCGAUAGUUUGCAUUCUCAUAGGAACAAACCACAAAUUUGCAUUAUUCCUCAGUAGUUUAUAAACUUUAGCUUUUUAUCAAGUCCCACCUCACCACCUCAAUAGUCUAUGAUGCCGAAGGCAAUGACUGCAGGCAAGUGUGGCUUUGCCUCAUUCACCUGCUUAUGACCAGUCAAUCACCUCGCUACCAAGUUUCAGCGACUUUCCAGUUUGCUAUUAUUUAAAAGACAAAGGCUUGUAUACUACUACAGAUAAUGCAAAUUACUUUAACAAUGUGUAAUGUUUCUCAGCUUGAUCUUAGUGCUUCAAUUGAAAUGUGCAAUAUUCCUGCCCAUCAACAGUAAGCUAUCGUUUGUUUUCUGCUUCAGAUUUAAAAAAAACAUUGUUUCCCGGGCCAUUGGAGUUAAUCAAAUGCUUGGGACACAGCCCCAUGUUGUCAUUCAAUUGUUUUAAAUCUGUCUGUGGGACAAGUAGGAAUUAUAGGUACUCUCAAACAUUCGACUUUUUAUUUAUUUUCAAUUUUAUUUGUAGAGGAUGUAUAUACCAUAAAUCAAUUAUUCAAUGUAGCACUUGUUACAGUAUUCACAAGUGUUGUAUAGGUGAAUAUUAUUUUUUGGAGAAGGCUUGCAUUUACUGUAGAUACAGUACAAUUUAUUGUAGAUACAGUUUAAUCAUUUGAUUUGCCCUGCAAGAUAUUUUCACAUUUCCCUUUGUGUUACCUUAAUGUGUGCCGUAAAGCAGUGAAAAUCUCCAAGAAAUCAUUCGUUAAGUAAUUCUUUGUCAUUUCAUAUAUUUUAUUUUAUAUCAACAUUUACAUGUAAACUUUCUUAGCAUCCAGUUUUAUCAGUUUUUCUUGUAGAUUUUAUUUUUAUUGUAAUAAAACCAAUAAUGGCCAA